UUGAAAAUGAACAAAGCUACACUUUAUCUGUUAGGCGUGGAUCCAUUUUAACAGCACUGUCACAGAUAGCCAGAGAUUCAUAUAAAUGCUUUUACUUAUGAUAUGCAGAUUCAGAUUAUAUGGAGGUUGAACACAGCAUUUUAUUAUGAUCCUGGAAAAUUACAGGGAUAAAAGUAAGGGGCGGCCUGUAGCUGUCCCACAAACCUCUAUAGGAAUGGAAUGUGAACGUGUAGGUAACACAGAUGUCGAUAGAUCUAAACAGCAAUAGCUUAAGAAAGUGGUCUCUCCCUUACCUUAGAACAUUUGCAUUACUAUGUCACCAAGAAUGAGCAUUUUCUAAAAACCAAUCCCUGUCCAGGCAAGUUGUCAGGAUUGUGGGUAUAUAUUCAGGGGAGAAGAUGAAUUCCUUCUCUUGAGGCCUGGAACAGUUGCGACAAAAGUCACAAUUGAGAGUUUUUUCACCUUUUUCAGCCAUUUUAAUCUUAUAACCUACAUAUCUUGCCUUCCAAUAGGUAAGCAAAUUUACCUAGGUUACUUUUGAAACUUUUUAUCUACAUCUUCCAAACCACAACAAGGUAAGGUUCACAUUUUAACUAACUCCUAAUGAAUGUUUUUAUCAUAUAUUCAUCUCUUUGAUUUAUUUUACAAACUCUCCCUUGUUAACCACUUGCCAUAUGAUUGUUCCUAAAUAUUUCAGAGAAAAAUGAGACAAAAAAGGGUUUGUCCAGAAACAGAAGCUUUGAAUUUCAUUUCUUCUGGGAGGGAUAAAGACACAUUUUACAAAAGAUAUAUCAACAAGGAGAAAGGGUAUGGAGUUUUUACCAGCAAAAACAUUGAGCCAGGAGAAUUCUUGCUUGAGUACAGUGGAAAACACAUCACUGGCUCAGAAGGAGAGGCUCUGUUCAAGAAGUACUCAGAUGCAAAUGCAGCAUUUUUGUAUUUCUACUCCUUUCAGGGAAAGACUUGCUGUGUUGAUGGCAGUAAGAAUACUCAACUUGGAAGAUUCAUCAAUGAUGAUCACAUCAACCCAAAUAGCAAGAUUAAAAUAGUAAUGGAUGAAAAGAAAAGUCCUCAUCUGUGUGUGUUUGCAACCACUAAAAUAAAUGCAGGAGAAGAAAUUGUGUAUGACUAUGGAGAUCCUAACUGUCCAUGGAGACAUACUACCAAAGCUCCCUCCUCCAAUGUACACAUGGAAAAGAAGAUCAGAUCAGAGCGGAAAAAUGUUCCAGCAGAACAACAGCAAGCAGAAGAAAACCAAGGAGAAGAUAUGCAUACAGACCAACUCCAUUCAUCACAUAGCAGUCCACAAAUACCAGAAAAGAUGGACAUCUCACAGAGUGAUGUAUGCGUUUACCCAGAAAUGACUGACACUCACCUGAGUCACAUUCCAGAGGAAUUAUGCAGUGGUGAAAUGACCCAGUCAGAGCAGAAAAAUGUUCCAGGAGAACAACCAGAACAACACCAGGCAGAAAAAAACCAAGGACAAGAUACACAUACAGACAUACUCUGUUCAUCAUAUUCCAGUCCACAAACAACAGAUGAUACGGUUAACUUGGAGAGUAUACUCAGCAUUCACCCGGAAAUGACUGGCACUCACCUGAGAGAUUCAUCAAGUCCAACUAAAGAAGAAUUAACCUUGGAUGAAAUGGCUGAGCCGGAAAAUCUCAAUUUCAUGGAACUGUCAGAUGAAGAACAACAAGCAGAAGUACCAAUCAAAGUAGUGAACCAAAGAAAAGCAGUUUCAAAUACUACAGAGAUUAUGGCUCUAAAUACACAUCACAGUAACCCUCGUUAUCAUAAUGUUGAAGUGAAAAUGUCCUCAAACACACCACAACAGCGGAUAUAUGACAAGAAGAACUACUGCCUUUACUGUGAGAAACCUUAUGUAAAAAUUACAAGACAUCUAAAGCAGAAGCAUUCUGAUAAAGUUGACGUUGCUAAAGCACUUGCACACAGCCAAGGAUCAACCAUGCGCAAUCUUCUCCUGACAAAAGUAAGAAACAUGGGAAACUACCAUCAUAAUUGCACUGUUCUGUCUUCUGGAAAAGGACAGCUUACCUGUGGAGACAUCAAAAGCAUUGCAAGCUACAAGUGA